UUCGCAUACAAUUUAGCAUGAAAAAUCACGCCGUGUGUCGUAAAUUUAAUGCGAUUGCAUUUACUCUGUCGCGCGGUCGUGAUUGCAGUCACCAUUGCUCACGCAAACGUCGAGACCAUAGUGUUUAUUAGGGAGUACGCAGCCCUUUGAACCACAAGCCGGCCGGGAGGGCACCACGCAUGAAUACGACGUGACGUCAUCGCGCCAGCGCUCGGCAUUCGGCCAUUUUGUGUGAAUGAGCGCUCUCCGCUCUCACGGGGUUCUGUGUUGCAAGACUCUCGACCAGUGGCGAGAAAACCGAAUGAUUUAGUUUCGCGUUAGAGGUACUCGUUUGUGGACGGAUUACAUGCGAUUAUAAGAGUGCACAGGAUUAUUACGUGUGAAUUUCCGUGCAAGCUCGGAACAGGUACGAUGGAGGAAAAGGCGUCGCUCAAGGAACUCGACCAGUGGGUAGAACAAUUAAAUGACUGCAAACAACUGACAGAAAGCCAAGUGAAAACCCUCUGCGAUAAGGCAAAAGAAAUCUUAGCUAAGGAAUCGAAUGUACAAGAAGUAAAAUGUCCUGUAACUGUAUGUGGAGAUGUGCACGGUCAAUUCCACGACUUAAUGGAAUUGUUCAGAAUAGGUGGCAAAUCACCAGAUACAAAUUAUCUUUUUAUGGGUGAUUAUGUUGAUCGUGGCUAUUAUUCGGUUGAAACUGUCACUCUGCUCGUAGCUCUUAAGGUGAGGUACCGAGAAAGAAUAACCAUUUUACGAGGUAAUCACGAGUCGAGGCAAAUUACACAAGUGUAUGGAUUUUACGAUGAGUGUUUACGUAAAUACGGGAAUGCCAAUGUAUGGAAAUUCUUUACGGACCUAUUCGAUUAUUUACCACUAACCGCGCUGGUCGAUGGCCAAAUAUUUUGUUUGCAUGGUGGUCUGUCGCCGUCGAUCGAUACUUUAGAUCACAUACGUGCUCUAGAUCGUCUUCAGGAAGUGCCACAUGAAGGUCCUAUGUGCGAUUUAUUGUGGUCAGAUCCUGAUGAUAGAGGAGGAUGGGGUAUUUCACCUCGUGGAGCGGGGUAUACUUUUGGUCAAGAUAUUUCAGAAACGUUUAACCACUCCAAUGGAUUAACACUUGUGUCACGAGCACAUCAGUUGGUUAUGGAAGGUUACAAUUGGUGUCACGAUCGUAAUGUUGUGACUAUAUUCUCUGCACCUAAUUACUGCUACCGUUGCGGAAAUCAAGCUGCAAUUAUGGAACUGGAUGAUGCUUUAAAAUAUUCAUUCCUACAAUUUGACCCAGCACCAAGACGUGGAGAACCACAUGUUACCAGGCGAACGCCAGACUACUUCCUAUAAAGGAUUAGGCUUUCAGAGCGAGGUGUCAAGGUAGGGGAAUGGAAACGCGAUCCUGACUUUAUAGUGACACCAGACAACAUAACUUAUAAUAGAACAUCGCUAAAUAAGUGUAAGGCUCGAACAAGUCUUUGCAUACCACAUAUAGGCCCAAGUAUUAUAUCACGGCUCAUUUUGUGGUGUCAUUGAGAGAUAGAAUAGAUUACACGCACGUUUUGUGCGUGCCUUACACGAUACAUGUAGACACAUUACUUGUACACUAAAAAGGAAAAAAAGGAAUACAAUAAUGUACACACGUAUCGAUUAAAUUCACCUGUAGCAUUGAGUUUUACAAACUUUUAUUAUAUCUGCUUGUAUUUUUAUUAUAAGGAAAUUAAAUAUAACAAUGCACACAUUUGCGCGUAAUAAAUAGAACGAAAAAUAUCGGUAAAAUGGUAUUGUUUUUGUAAUCUUGAAUGAGAAUAUUAAAACUCGUCGAGAGAAAUUUGUAUAAUGAAAUAACAUUUUAUGUAUUCUAAAUUAUUGCGCAUUUCUAAACAAAAUUAAUUGUCAUGCAAGGUUCCAAAAGAAAUAUACCACAAUGGUCAUAAUUUAUAUUUAAGAGAGUGUCACAUUAUUAUUGGUGUGAAUGGAGUAUGAAACGCGUUCCACUUGAAGGAAAUAUAUAAGGUGAAUUGAUGCACCAGUGAAUUGGCAUGUAUAAACUGUGCUAUAUAAGGAUUCGAUAAAGAUUAUUUUCAAGUAAAGAAUUAUCAAAGAGUUUAAUGUGAUAUAUUGUAUAAUGGAUUUCUCAGAAUCGUAAUGAGCAAUAGUUUCGUUAGAAUUAGUCAUUUUUAAUUUUACGCAAUAUUCAUAAUUUCUAAAUAAAAUAAACGUUUUUAUCUAAAUGAUAUAGAAAUCUUUAAAGUGCAAGUGUAACGUUGCUGUUUUAUAUUAUUAUAUAACAUUAUUUUCGCGAAAUAAUACACACAUUUGCAUAAUAAAUAGAUAAUCUACAUCGGUCUUUAAUCGUUUUAUUUUACUUUUUUAUUAGCUAUUGCUUUCUUAUAUCAUAAGUUUGCUUUAUAAACUGUGUUAAAGAUCUAAGUUAUAUAUUGCACUAGUUAAUGAUUGACAAUUCUCAAGAAACGUGAAGAACACUAUUGCAUCAAUUCUAUCUGCCUUCUAAAGUGAGACUUUAUACCAAGAUACCAAGUGAAUUUAUGCAUUCAGAUAGUUGAAUUAAAAGGAAAAAAAAAUUGAUUGCUUGUAAACCUAUCGACGAUCUUUUUACUAAUUAAUAGAUAUAAAAUAAUGCUUCUGGUAAAUAAACAUGUGUAAUGCAAGUUAAAGCAAUCCCUAGUGUGUUGUGUCAAAUUUCAUAUUCGUUGAAAGCAGGAGCAUUGUGUACAAUAAGCGGCUAAAAAAAAAUAUACGAAUGUAUUUAUAAGAGUAA